CUUCUUCACCUAGAACUGGUGUGCGAGCGUGGGUUUGGCCGCUUGGAGUUGAAAAAUAUGGGGACGAGAGAGGUGUACGAACAGAAGCUGAGGAGUGGGAAUUUGCACCAUGAUCCCACCAUGAAUCCAGGCCUUGGCACCCCUCGCUGCCCUCGCUGUCUCUCCCUCCUGGACCAUGAUUCGGACAAGGGUGAAUGGACCAUCACUUCUGUUCUUCAUGACGCCACUGCUGUUGCUGGCUCUGGUAUUGGUGGAAUGCUUAGUGCAAUUCAUGGGUUCAAUACAGGGAUACCGUACCUUCAGAAUCGAUUGAAGGGCCCAAAGUGGCUUCCUUUCUUAGUUGGGCUUCCUCCACUGCUACUGUUUUCGGGUGCCAGUGCUGCAUUUGGAGGUUAUGCACUUCCAAGGUUUACUCAACUCACUGUGACUUCCUAUUAUGCCACCUCAAGUGCCUCACACUAUGGGAUUUCACUUCUCACUCGACAUAUUGAAGAAGCUCACAGUUCCCGCUCUCAGCAAGAAAGACUCAGAUGAUUUCUUGCAGGAAUUCAAGGGGCAAAGUCAUAAUAUAUUAGCAAGGACCACAAUUGGUGUUUAUACUGUGAGGAAAGCAACUGUAAAUCUGAGACACAGAUCUACCUUUAGCUAUUAUUAUAGCUUGUGAUUUUGCUCAAGUGAAAUCUGAGGAAUUUGUUCAAAUCCAGUUGUGCUUGUGGGUGAGGCAUUAUAGGUUCCUAUUUGUAGCAGCAAACAUAGGCCCACCUUUGAAGUAGUUGAGGCAUCAUAAAGUACAGAAGUAUGCAAGCCACGAAUUGGCAUAUGUUGUCCUUACAGACAAUUUCAGCUUUGAGCAGAAAGCAUCAUAAACUUAGAGCAGCACAGUUCAAACCUGGAGGUAUAGUUACUUCUCCAACCAUGGGGACCUCAAAAAGGUGAAGAUGAAAAGAUUACUUACUGCUGAAGUAAAUGUAAAGCAGUUGAUUGCUUUUGGUUGGAUGUUGGAUGAGAUAUUAUUGACUUGCUUGAGCUGCCAGGUGAUACUACUGGUUUAGACCAAGAAAAAAA